AGAACUGAAGCCACGAAUAAACCACAGGUUAAAGGAACAGUUCACCCAACUUAAAGAUUUUGAGAUUUCAGCCUCUAAGACUUCCUUUAGCUGGUAUCAGUCGUCUUCCUCCUCCUGGCUCCUCUGUUGACCAGCUGCCAGCAGCUCAUCUUCCCACUGUGAUUUGACAAUAUGAUAGCAGCCUCCCCAGUGGAGUGUACACCAUCUAUCCCAUCGGAGCCACUUCUGCUGUCCAGGUGUACUGUGACAUGAAGACAGAAGGAGGUCGCUGGACGGUGUUCCAGAGGAGGAUGGACGGCACCGUGAACUUCUACAGGGGCUGGGAUCAGUACAAGCUGGGCUUUGGUAGCGCUGCUGGAGAGCACUGGCUCGCCCAGUGAUGAUGAGCAGCUUCUCAGAACUGAAACCAGGGGCGUCACACAAAAAUCCAGGCCGUGUGCAUAAGCAAAUAUCAGAAUCAGAAUCUGCUGUAUUGCCAGGCACAGAGUCGGCAGACAGCGGCCUCGGAGACGUGGACGACCUGCCGGUUCCUCAGCAGAUCCGGAUCAGCAACAUCACCUGUGACUCGUUCAAGAUCAGCUGGGACAUGGACAGCAGAGGAACGGAGAGGAUCACGCACUACUUCAUCGACCUCGACAAGAAGGAGCACAAGAACUCCAACAAGUUCAAACACAAGGACGUACCCACUAAGCUGGUGGCGAAGGCGGUUCCCCUGCCGAUGACGGUGAGAGGUCAUUGGUUCCUGAGUCCUCGCACAGAGUACACCGUGGCCGUCCAGACGGCCGCCAAACAGCCGGACGGAGAGUACGCCGUCUCUCAGUGGAGCGAGAGAGUCGAGUUUUGCACCGCAGAUUACUCCACCGUCCAUCUGAACCAGCUGCUGCAGAAAGCCGAGGCGAUCGCCGGCAGGAUGCUGCCGUUCACCGUCUUCUACAGGAACCAGCAGCAGGACUACUUCCAACAGGCCAGCCCCUCUUAUCGCUCCAGAGACGCUCAGUGCCGCCGGAUGCUGCCGUCAGUUAAAGACAACAGCGGCAGCCACGGCUCCCCCAUCAGCGGCAAACUGGAGGGGCUCUUCUUCAGCUGCAACACAGAGUUCAACACAGGAAACCCCCCCCAGGACUCCCCAUAUGGACCCUACCGCUUCCAGAUCCGAGCAGACAUCCUCUUCAACCAGAACACCAACAUCUACUUUGGGGAUUUCUACUGCAUGUACACGUCCUACCACUACGUCAUCCUGGUCCUGGCUCCUGACGGCUCCAAAGGAGACGCCUUCUGCAAAGGGAGGCUGCCGGCGCUGGACAGAUCCAACAACCGCUUCCUGAGCUGCACCGAGGAGGACGACGGCUCGCUGUCUUUCCAUCACGCGCAGGACGUCAUCCUGGAGGUGAUCUACACGGAGCCGGUGGAUCUGUCUUCAGGGACGGUAACGCAGAUCAGUGGGCACCAGCUCAUGAGUCAGUCCACCGUCAACGCCAAGAAAGACCCCAGCUGCAAGAUCUGCAACAUCAGCGUGGGGCGUUAGCCGGAUCUUUGGACUCAAACAACUAACUUACUAUAACUGCCACAGUGACGAGACGGUAGCUACACGCCACUAACAAAGUCCAACACCCACUCUAGCUCAGUGCUAGCACUGCCUGGCUAGCUAGCAGGCGAUCCCUUUAACCAAACACUAAAUCCACUUCCUCUGGUGUAACAGCCCGUCACAGCCCGGUCAUCCAGAACUUUACGGUUCUUUUCCAGAGAUGAGAAAACUUGAUUUUAACACAAAUAUUUUAAAAAUCAGCACUUCAAAACAAGUCUACAUACAGAGCAGACCGUGGCAACGCUUUGCCUUCUGCAAGUGUUCCUAGAAGGACUGAUGCUGUUUGCAGGUCACACCAACUCCUGAUCUGAGGUUUUUCUCUUGUUCACUCACUUUGCAUUUUGGUAACUGAUUAAUGUAAUCUAUUAACAUGUUUAUUUCUGAAAGCAUUUUAACUUUACAGCAGUUUUCCUCACCUGCCUAAAACUUUGCACGGUAUCGUAUUUAUAUAUUUUUAUCCCAUCCAUAAUCUGAACUGUGUUCUUCUUUUAUUUCAGUAAUCAGUGGACAGACUGACAUAUUAAUUACCUGACAACAAUGUAACUGUUUAUAUGUUUCUGUACUUGACAGGUAAUGUCACCACACACUGUUAACACUGUUGACACUUUAAUAAGACAAAGGGCUGUUGUUGUUGUUGUUGUUGCUGUUGCUGUUGUUGUUGUUGCUGCAGACUGAAAUACAAAGUCUCUAAAUGUUUCACCUUUCAAAGGUUUCUGCUGGUUUUGGUCGCAGGAUAAACUGCAG